AGACACUUCAAAGAUGAAUAAUGUUCCAACAUCCCCGCACCUUCCACAGAUGGCACAUCCACAUUCCUUUCCAACUAUGGGGCAAAUUUCAAAUCCGUAUGAGCAACAACCUCCGGGAAAGGAGCUUAACAAGUAUGCUUCUCUGAAAGCAGUUGCUGAAAAGGGAAAUGAUGACUUCUAUUCAAAAAGAAGACACCUUGCUGAGCUUGCAGCAAAGGGAAGCCUACCUUUACAUCCUGUCCGAGUGGAUCAAGAAAGAUCGUACAGCCCAGAAGCCAGCACUAUUGGAGGCACAGUGGGUGGCAGUCUUGGAGGCAGUCUUGGUGGUUCAAUGGGAGGCACACUUGGUGGUUCAGUGAGUGGUACUUUAGGUGGCACUCUGGGUAGUGGAACACUGCCUGGCACACAUAGUGGCACAUUGGGUGGCACUUUGAAAUUAAAUGGACAGAAAUCCAAAGUCAAUAAAAUUCAUAAUCAUCCACUGGCCUCAUCAUACAACCCAGACUACAAAACCUGGGAUCAUAGUGAGCAUUCUUUACGACGGCAAGCUUAUGCAGCUAAAAAGCAUUGCCCAGUGGAGUCUGUAAAUGAACAGUCUCAAAAUCAGCACUAUGUUCCUCCACAGCCAUACUUUGUAACUAACAGCAAAACAGAAGUAACUGUCUGAAAUUACAAAGUCCAUGCUACUGGAAUAUAUACCAUUGAGGGUAGAUAAGUGGAAGUCCUCAGAAGAACAGAUUGGAUUUCAUAUGUCUAGCAAUACUGUCAAGGAAUGCAAUUAGGGAUUCAAUUUUUUACUUCACAGUGAAGAUAAUGAAAGAAAAAUACUUUUGCCUACACUUUUUUAAAACAAAAACAAAAACAUAGAAAUGAGAAUUUUAUGAUACGAAGUAGCACAAAAAGAACCUUCAUCUCUGCAAAAAUCAACAUUCCUAACUGUCAAAGAGGACACACUAAGGUGGAAGUCAUAUUGGCCAAUAUUUUUGUAAGAAAACAAUAAUAAGGGAAACAAAAUGUUAUGAAAAUUAUUAUUUUCAUUAUGAUCACUUUGCAAAUCUGUGAAAACCAAUUGGAAUUUAGGUCUUUCCAUCUAUAAGAAGCAAAAAAAAAAUGAGGUCAAGAACCUUAAAAAGACUGUUACAUUCAAUUUAAAAAAGGGAAUGGAGCCUUUCUUAUUGGUGGAAAGUUCCAAGCUGUUAACAAAAAACUUUGAAUAUAUUAAGGGGAAAUAAAAAGAAGUGAACCUUCUGCAAAGUACAGGAAAACAAGGAAUCCUCUUUGGGGAAAGAUUUUUGGAAGAUUUGAAAAUUAUAAUCCAUGUGUUCUUCCGUUCCUGGUGUUCCACAAAUAGGCAGAUAGGAAAAACUAUUAUGCACUGUCAACUAAGAAAAUCUUCAGUGUUUGCCUAUUUUCACUCGCUUACGACUGGAAACAUACAAAGUGGGCGGUGCCUUUAAUGUAUUUCUAUCGUUCAAUGAAAAGUCUUGUUUGACCCUU